GUAUUCCACAACCUGUCAAACAAUAUAAGAGUGACACAAGUGCAGGCAGUACGCGAAUUCCGCACUUGGAAUUCCGAUUUAGUGAUCAUGACUUCUUACCCGUGCAUUUUCUGUUUAGAUGAGCAGAGGUAUCCGCACCACAUAUCCUGCGGUCAUUCCUUCUGCGCGGCGUGCUUCAAGGAGUAUUUGGAGCUGGGUCGGGAUUCACGCUGUCCCCUCUGCAGACGCGACUUCAGAGCGGACAUCCAGCCUCCUCCGUCCAAUAAUUCUGCAGAGGAACUCGAGUCCUUUUCCGGGACUGAAAUGGACACGCUUGUGCUGACCCUUUCAGAACAGGAGUGCUGGUUCUUUGAACAGCUCUACAGGGAUGUGGAACUGACGAGCAGGCGGGACUAGAUUUUAUCGUAACGAAGGCUUUGUGAUAUUUUUUGUCCUUAUAUAUUUCUAUAUAUAUUUAUAUCUCAUCGUCAAACAUUUUUGUCUGAUCUUCCUUGGAAAAUGUUUCGCAGAAGAAGGAUGAUUGCUGUAAUAUAUCACUGUUUUUCAGUAAAUGAUGUAAGGGCUAAAAAGC